GCGGCAUGCUGAGGCCACUCCCCCGGGCUCAGAAUGAGUGUCAGAGAUGGCGCUGCCACCAUGGCAACGAGAGCAGGUGGAGAAGGGGAGGGAGGAGGGGCAGCUAGCCUCCAAGAUUGCCGCUCCUACCUGCUCCAGAUAUACCCACGGCUGGCUGCUGAAUCCUCUGCCUGCUGCUGCCUAAGGGUGCAGAAGGAUGUGACAGCAGCCACGGUGAUCUUGGAUGCUGCCUUGGCGCUGGGGCUGGACCCUGGCCGUUUGUAUGUGCUGGCAGAGGUGAAGGAAUGUGGUGGGGAGGAGUGGGUUCUGGAGGCCGGGGACCUGCCAGUGCAGAGGGUACUGCUGUGGCCCCGGAAAGCCCAGGAGCAACACCCUCAGAGCCUGGGCUUUUACUUUUUGUUACAGGAGAGGAACAAUGAUGGCUCCAUCCAGUAUGUUCACCUCCCAGCCUUGUCCAAGGAACAGGAGGCCCAGCGGCUAGCUGCCAGGGGCUUCCUCCCUCCCCCGCAAGAUGACUUUGCAGACCUCUGUAACCUCCCCAUUCUCAAUGAGGACAGCAUCUUGGACAACCUACGUAAUCGCUUCUUCAAGAAGAAGAUCUACACUUAUGCAGGCAGCAUCCUCAUAGCAAUCAACCCUUUCAAGUUCCUGCCUAUCUACAACCCCAAAUAUGUCAAGAUGUAUGAGAACCACCAGCUAGGCAAGCUGGAGCCUCAUAUCUUUGCCAUCGCUGAUGUGGCUUAUUAUGCCAUGCUCAGGAAGAGAGUAAACCAGUGCAUCGUCAUCUCCGGUGAGAGUGGCUCAGGGAAGACUCAGAGCACCAACUUCCUGAUUCACUGUCUGACUGCACUCAGCCAGAAGGGCUAUGCCAGUGGAGUGGAGAGGACCAUUUUGGGGGCAGGACCAGUACUGGAGGCGUUUGGGAACGCCAAGACGGCCCACAACAACAACUCCAGCCGUUUUGGUAAAUUCAUCCAAGUCAACUACCUUGAGAGCGGGGUGGUUCGAGGGGCUGUGGUGGAGAAGUAUCUCCUGGAGAAGUCUCGUCUAGUCUCUAGAGAGAAGAAUGAGAGGAACUACCACGUGUUUUACUACCUGUUGUUGGGAGCGUCCGAGGAGGAACGGAAGGAGUUUAAGUUGCUGCCACCCGAAGACUACCUCUACCUCAAGCAGCAAAACUUCAAGAUAGAAGAUGAGGAGGACCUGCGCCAUGACUUUGAGAGGCUGCAGCAGGCCAUGGAGAUGGUUGGCUUCCUCCCUGCCACCAAGAGACAGAUCUUCUCUGUGCUGUCGGCCAUUCUGUACCUGGGAAAUGUCACCUACAGCAGGAAGUCAACAGGCCGGGACGAGGGGUUGGACGUGGGCCCCCCAGAGGUUCUGGCUACCCUCUCUGAUCUGCUAAAGGUCAAGGAAGAGUUGCUGGUGGAGGCGCUGACAAAGAGGAAAACAGUGACAGUCAAUGACAAGCUGAUUCUCCCUUACAGCCACACUGAGGCUAUCACAGCCAGAGACUCCAUGGCCAAAUCUCUGUACAGCGCCUUGUUUGACUGGAUCGUCCUGCGCAUCAAUCACGCACUCCUCAACAAGAAAGACAUGGAGGAAUCUGUUCCAUGCUUGUCCAUUGGCGUCCUGGACAUCUUCGGCUUUGAGGACUUUGAGACCAACAGCUUUGAGCAGUUCUGUAUCAACUAUGCUAAUGAGCAGCUGCAGUAUUACUUUAACCAGCACAUAUUCAAACUGGAGCAGGAAGAAUACCAGGCAGAGGGCAUUACCUGGCACAACAUUGACUACACAGACAACGUUGGCUGUAUUCACCUAAUCAGCAAGAAGCCCACUGGACUGCUCUACCUGCUGGAUGAGGAGAGCAAUUUUCCCCAUGCCACAGAUAAAACCCUACUGGCCAAGUUCAAGCAGCAGCACCAAGGGAACAAGUACUUUGUUCCCACACCGGUCAUGGAGCCUGCCUUUGUCAUCCGCCACUUUGCUGGGAAGGUCAAGUAUCAGCUCAAGGAUUUCCGGGAGAAGAACACAGACCACAUGCGUCCAGACAUUGUGGCCCUUUUGCGGAGCAGUGACCGAGCAUACGUACGCCAGCUCAUCGGCAUGGACCCGGUGGCCAUGUUUCGGUGGGGCAUCCUGCGUGCCACUGUUAGGGGCAUGGCUGCCUUCAACGAGGCUGGCCGCCGCUGGGCUUCCAAAACUGCAGGUGUUGUCCGCCGUACCUCAAGGACUCCAUUAGGAGAGCUUCAAAGGUCCAAUGCCCCUGUAGAGAGAAUUUACAAGGACAUGCAUGCUCAGAUCAUCAGCUCCAUAAAGGACUUGCAGCUGGAUGGUGAGGAUCCUCGCAGACUGCUGCAGUCCUUGGGUCGCCUCCGCUUCCCUCGACACAUCCUCCAAAAAAACAAGAACACCAAACAGAAGCAGAUCAUCCCUAAGCACUUGCUUGACUCCCGGUCUCUGAAGUUCAUUGUGGGCCUGACGCUACAUGAUCGCACCACCAAGUCUCUUCUCCACCUGCACAAGAAGAAGAAAACUCCCAGCAUCAGCGCCCAGUUUCAGGCCUCUCUGACCAAACUCUUGGAAACACUGGGAAGAGCAGAGCCUUUCUUCAUCCGCUGCAUUCGCUCCAAUGCUGAAAAGAAGGAGAUGUUUCUGGAUGAGGCCUUGGUGCUUCAGCAGCUGCGUUACACAGGCAUGCUGGAGACGGUACGCAUCAGGAGGUCAGGCUACGGAGCCAAGUUCACAUUCCAGGAGUUCAUAGAGCAGUUCAGGGUCCUGCUGCCCCAGAACUCUAAAGUCUCCAAAGAGGAUAUCUCAUUGCUGUUUGUGAAGAUGGGCCUUGACCCCACCACCUACCAAAUAGGCAAAACUAAGGUCUACCUGAAAGAGCCGGAGCGGCAGAAGCUACAGGACACACUGCACAAGGAUGUGAUGCGUAAAAUCAUCUUUCUACAGCGGUGGUUUAGAGCCCACCUGCAAAGGAAGGAUUUCUUAGACAUGAAGCUGGCAGCCACCUUAAUCCAGCGCUCAUGGCGAAGGUACUACGAAGAGGAUCGGAGGCAGCGAGCAGCCAUUCUGAUCCAGGCCAUGUGGAGGGGAUCCAGGCAGAGGGCACAUUACCAGCACCAUAGACAAGGCAUCACUAAGAUACAAGCCCUAGUCAGAGGGCACUCGGCACGCAGGAGGUGCCAUUCCAUGCGUGAGGAGAGAAGGAAAAAGGAGGAGGAAGUGGAGGCUUGUAUGAGAGCAGAAGAGGAGGAAGCAAGGAGGAGAGCUGAAGAGGAGGCAGCCAGGCUAGCAAGGGAGGCCGAAGAAGAGGCAGUGAGAGAGGAAGAAGAGGAGAGACUACGGCAGGAGGAGGAGAGGAAAGCAAGGGAGAAAGCAGUGGAAGAUGAGAUAGCAAGGCUAAAGCAAGCAGACAGCGUGGAGGUAGAACCUCAAACCAGGGAGGAUCCAGAUAUCGAACUAGUCACAGAAGAGACAUUGGAUGAACGCCAACAAGAGAAUAGCACCCCUGCCUUGGGGACAGAGGAGGAGAAAGGAGCAGAGGAUGGAGAGGCUGCAGCCAGUUUACCAGAGGAGGAAGAAAUGAAAAGAGAAGACUUGGAUGAGGAGGAUGAAGGGCUGGGAGAGGAGGAGGAUGGCGGCGACUCUUCAUCCCCUAGAUCUGACAUGGAGACCAACGGUACUCUGACUGGCACCGAAAACCAGCUGGAUGAGGAAGAGGAGGAGGAGGAAGAUGUGGAGAAUCAGGUACUGAGAGAGUCAGAAUUGAACCCAGCCACUCCUGAUGAUUGGGUGAACUCCGAGGUAGCUGUGCUUCCCCCAUCUCCAGAAAAGAGCUUAGUUACCCACCACGCCACUCCAGGCUCUAUCCCCAUGCCUCCCCAGCAGCAGCAAAAAAGGACACGACCUGUCCCGGUCCACAAGGGUCAAGCCUCCAGGAGCCAGGAAAAGAGAGAACAGAGGAGACGGAGGGGGCUGGAGCACAACCAGAGGGAGACUGCACGAGCCGCCUCCACCUCAGCUAUCGACAAGGAGGAAUCUUCUCCGCCAAGAGGCAAAAGCCAACAGGCCGCCAGGCAGAAGGAGCGGACAGAAAGCAAACAGCUGGAUCACUACGAAUUUGUGCACAAGAAGAAGAAUGGCGCUAAUUCUCCUUCUCCUCCUUCUCCUGUCGGUCCUGUUCGUCCGUCUACGCUGGCGUUGCAGCCAUCCGACUCGGGUGCUGAGAGGAAUGGCCACGGGGAAGCCGCAGGUGCACCAACCCUGCAGCGCCGUCCUGGAGGGAUAAAGGAGAAGCCAGAGAAGUGGAGGGACUGGAAGAAUGAUGGCGGACGCAUGGAGAACAUCAGCCCCCCACCGCCACACUCCACUGAACAUCGCAAGAAAAAACAUUCACAGAGUUUCACCGCUUCCUCAUCCCUAGACAGCUUGUCUCCAGGAUCUGAGGGCGCUGGUGCCAUAUCAACUAGAGAGGUGUUCUGCCCUACAGAGAGCCAACCUGACAGGUCGAAGGGCGGCUCCUUCAGAAGGAGGCACCAAGAUGGCUCAAGUCACCAGGACCCUGCCGUCCCAUCCACCCCUGAGAGGUCAUCAGGUUUCCUGAGCAGGAUCUUGAAAAAGCGACCUCACAAGGAGGCCCAGACUCCGGACGAUGGAGAUUUGACCAUGGCUCAGGCCCUAAAUGAAAAGCCAGUCGGAGGGGAAGCCCCCGCUCCUGGACACCCAUCUCGCUCCCACUCUCAGUCACACGGGGACCCCCCCGGUAAAGGUUUGAGCCGCAACCCCACCAUAAAGAUCAGCCGAGCCACGCGGGUGUCUGAACAGUGGAAUGCCUCGUUGGACCGAGAGAUCACAAACACCAAUGAGCUACGGCACCUUGAUGAGUUUCUGGGCAACCAGGUGAAUGACUUCCGCUCAAGAGGAAAGCAGCUGUCUGCCACAGAAGCCAUCUUUGUUACAGCCACCAUGCAGUUCAGAGAGACCGUCAAGGCCAUGUACUCGCUUCCAAAACUCACUAUUGGCUACAAGGGUCUGAUGAAAGGUUACCAGAAUAGAGUGAUUCAUCUUGCGGGGGACACGCAGAAAGGCGAGGUCCAGCUGGUGGUCAACCUGUUCCAGUCAGUGUUAGAUGGUUUCAUCAGAGGAGAAAUAAAGAAGGAAGAGGCUGAACCCGCCAAGCCUGCUAAAGCUAGGAAAAAGAGGCGGAAAAAAGAUAAGAGUAUGGAGAGCCCUUUGGACCAUGUAUUUAGCAACUAUCAGGUCAACAUCAUGCAGUCAUGUGACCAGUGCAGUUCCUACAUCUGGGGCAUGGAAAAGGCCUACAUGUGUAGCUAUUGCAAAAUGGUAUGCCACAAGAAGUGCCUUUGCAAAAUCGUCACUGACUGUUCCACCUUCUGUGUCAAAAAGAGCGACGAGGAGUCCGGGGGCCAGCACUUUGGUGUGCGUGUGUGCCACUUGAUCAGCGACAAGAACCCAUUGCCCAUGGUACUGGAGAUGAUGCUGGAGCACGUGGAGAUGAAUGGCCUCUACACCGAGGGCAUCUACCGCAAGUCUGGCUCUGCCAACCGAAUGAAGGAGCUACACCAGCGCCUGGAGACUGAUCCCCAUACAAUUUGCCUAGAGGACUACCCCAUCCACACGGUGACAGGCCUGGUAAAACAGUGGUUGAGAGAGCUGCCUGACCCCCUCAUGACUUUCACACAUUACAAUGACUUCCUGCGUGCUGUUGAGCUUCCAGAGAAGCAAGAACAGCUUCAUGCUAUCUACAAGGUGCUGGAGGAGCUCCCGACACCAAACUUUAACACUUUGGAGAGACUCAUCUUCCAUCUUGUUAGAGUGUCUAAAGAGGAGGCUCACAAUCGCAUGUCUCCUAACUCUCUAGCCAUAGUCUUUGCCCCCUGUAUCCUGCGCUGCCCAGACAGUGCUGACCCACUGAUGAGCAUGAAGGACGUUGCCAAAACCACCACGUGUGUGGAGAUUCUGAUUAAUGAGCAGAUCAGACGCUACAAUGAGAAGAUGGAGGAGAUAGAGCAGCUUGAGUAUGCCGAGACUCUGGCUUUCAACCAGCUCAAACUCAAGAGACAGAACACGCACUACUGGCAUUUACCUCUCAGGUUCUCAGCUCCUUACAAAGGAGUGGUGAUGCAUGAGAAGGCACGUUCGGAUCUGAGUGUGGUACCGAAGAAGGAGCCUCUGGACUCUGACACAGAAGCUGAGAAGAACCUGGUGGAAAGCAUUAAGUCUUUUAAGCAGAAGAAGGAGGACCUGGCGUACCGACUGCCGGAGCUGGAGCAGCCUGGCUCCGACCAGGAGAACCUUGAUUCCGAGGCCUCGUUGAGCUCAGAGAGCCUUCUGGAGGAGCAACAGCGCUGUUCUGCUCAUGGCUCAGAGACCGAAGGUCAGUAUUAAGGUCCACUGAAGAGAUCCAAGCCAGCCUGCCCUCCUAAACCCUCAGACCUGGUGCUACGAAUUAAACCCCCCGAUGGGCGUGACUGCCUGCCAAACUUCAGCCCUGUUGGCUCCUCCUCCUCUGUGUCCAGCUGCUCCUCUUCCACCUCAGUGUUCUCCAGUGCCUCCUCCAGGCAUCCACUGCAGCGUCGCAUCCCCAUCAGCCCGGGCACAGCCAAAUUCUUCCCGAGCACCCGCUCCCAAUCUCCUGCCUCACGCCCGGCACGUGCCCUUACGCAUCCUGAAAGUCGAGGAUUUAAACAGUUGGUUAGGCGCCGGCCUGGAUGCCAUAAAGACGGCACUCAGUCCCUGUACAUUGAAAAUCCAGACUGUGACAUGUCACCCUAUUCCUCCUGUCCCCCCUCCACCUCCUCCUCGUCCAUCUCCAUGGUUACACCUUCUCCUCAGUCGUAGCAAUCACAGAGACAAACUUCCCCCAACAGAGGCCAGAGACUGUUUUCUGAGCCAGACAUACCGGAGGAUGAGGUCUGA